AUGGCAUCCUCAGAUAUAGAUCCUGACGGUUUUGGCCCAGAGUCUGCCCUCGCUUACUGUCUGGAUUCAUCUCUUGGGGAGCCGCUGCUGACCGACCACCGCUUCAACCCACUACAUCCGUCAUUGUUCACCGAUAUUCUCAAUCAGUUUCCCGAGAACUCCAACAAUGACGACAAGCUCCCACAACUCCCCUCUUCUAGUCCAGAUAUGGUACUAGAGAAAUGGGAGGUUGGGAAAGAAGAAAUAGAUUUCAUCAAAGAGGCAUCGCGGAGCUUUUCCGAAGAGGAUGUUGAGAUGCCCAUCAAGCAGGCUUUUCUCGAUAAUCUGCCCAGUAAGCCACGGCUACUAGAGCUGCCGCUCUUAACGCUUGCUAGCCAAGCGGAAUCUCGAGCAAUGUUUGAUCGCCUCGCUACUGUCCCCCCGGUGUCACUGGUGUUCAACGAAGUACCUAUGGAUGAUUUGGAUGUACAAAAAGGUGAAGGCUUAGAAUUUCCGCCAUCCGCUUACACCUGCCGAGAAACCAUGGAGAAUGAGCUUCAGGAAAAGCUCGAAGUCACAAAAGAAGCUAUUUGCUACCUGGCAGAAAUAGUCGGGGCUGACCGCUCCGACUUGGAAGACGCACUUGUGAUCAAUGAUCUCAUGCCGCCGGCAAGAUUUACGGCACAGGAUCUUCGCCUGACGCCUCCUGCCACCCCCAGAUUUGCCCACAUGCAGUCGGAGCCCUGGGUACCGGGAUCAGAUGGUGCCGAGAUCCCAUCGCCUUCAGAGCCCAGAUCUCUACUCAGCGACGACCUGAAAGCAAUCGAGGCCCAUAUAUUUAAGACAGAUACCAAGCCCCAAUUUGAAGACUUGCAAAUGGCACACUUCUCGCCAGUCAAAGAUAAUCUGCCAACCUCGACACCUGAGGACGACCCAGCGAUUCCGGUGCUGGAUCAUAAGAGGGUCAACGACUUCAAGCUUGAGCUGCCUCUCGUUGCGAGUAGGAUUGAUGAGCCACAAGAAAUUAAGCUGUUCAUAGAUGACUUUGAGCCUCCUCUCAUUGACUAUGAGGUGGAAAACAAGGAUUCCACGAGUUUAACAGCUCUUUUGGAGAUUGAUGCUUCGUCUCAGCUCCAACAGGCAGCAGAGAGAGUUAGGAAGUUGGCAGAACAGGAACAGAUCGAGCCUCUCGAUGGUCUUGCCAGACUCGCACUGCCGGUGAUUGACACUACCCUGCCGGAGGCUGACUGGAAGGAUGUCGGCGAGGGAGAGAAGCAAAUGCUGGCACACAUAAUUAAGAGAAAUUCUGAGGAAUUUCAGCUGACUAAAUGGAGGAUCGACAAACGAGCUGAAAGGGAUCUUCCAUGGCUCAUGAGUUUGUCGAGCGGUAUUGUUCUCGCGGAUGACGGACUAGAAGAGGUUGACGAAAGUAUUCUGCAGCAGUUUUAUGGUUUUGAAGACGAUGUGCUGGGCAUUUCAGCCCUCGCACAGAAGAUUAAAGAACUUGCUGUCCUUCGGCGAACUGAUAGUCUCGAUGACGAUGAUUUGGAGCCAGCCUUCGCUAGAACACCGACGCCGAUUGCAAAAGCGGUGCCUGUGCUACCUGAUCCAGAAAACUCUGAGGACCUGAUAAGUUGCAUUCGGAAGAAGAGAAAAGCCUUGAAAGCCCUCGAGUCUCCACCGUUUACAAAGCGGAUCAAGGGCAGAGAAUCAGUGAACGACGAGGGAACGCUCUUGAUGGCCGAUGAAUCUCCCGAGGGUGUCAAGCUACUGGCUUCAUUCCUAGAGCUUAAUGGUCAUCGCAAGGCUGCACUUCGUCAGAGUCAGUACUUUAGGGCAUCAGGCGACGAAGCAAGCCAUGGUAGCUGCCAUGCAAAUCAAUCUGCAAAUGUACCAGACAAAAACACGUCAAAUAAGACCAAUGCUACGCUAGCAACUAAGCAAUCUCAACAGCUCGCCACAGAUACAUCCGGAGAUGUUCCAUCGAAUGCCACCAAGCCAGCACCCGUGCCUCGCAUUGAACUUCCUGACUUUCCGCUGAAAUUGGUUGUCUCAAUCAGCCUACCUAGAGACCUUGUUCGACUACUUCAAACGCUUCUUCCCGGCGUCGAGUUGAUAGAAAGGGACUAUGAUGCCUAUAACUACUCAAUGUGGGCAGCUGGUACUUCGGCUCCGUCCACGAUCAUAUCAACGCUCGGGGAAGAAGCAGAUAUUACCCUGUCUCCAGGAGUAGGAAUCAUUCUUACAGCAACCGUGAAUAUGCGACAAGGGCCUUUGCAAGGCUGUGAUGGCGACAAUAUUCUACAGCGACAUGUACGCAAGACUUGCCGACGAUAUGAGCGCCUGGUGGUUCUGAUUUCGGACAAAAGCCUAGACGACACUAUACAACCUAUGGCACCGGCAGACGAGCGGGCAUUUGCCGAUUUCCAGGCCUUUGCUAAAGGGCUUCAAGACGUCACAGACGUCAGCGUCUUUUGGGUCGGGGGUGGUCAGACUUCUCUGGCUAAAUGGGUAGCCUCGCUGGCCACCGAGUGCGCAUCGCUCGAGACAGCACCGUUCUAUCGGCUGCUAUGUCAGAGCGAGAGUCACUGGGAGCUGUUCCUUCGCCGGGCAGGGAUGAACACUUUUGCUGCUCAGAUAGUGUGCGGACUGCUUCAAAAUCCGUUCGGAGCGGAGGCGACUAGCGUCUUCGGCGGCUCGGGACUUGCGGCGUUUGUGAACAUGUCGGCAAGUGAGAGGGCUCAAAGAUAUAAAGCCGUCCUCGGCGGCCGGAGAGUUUUGGAUCGGGUCAGCGAGGUGGUUGAUCAAAAUUGGGGACGCUAA